UCCUCUCCACACAUUCUCUCUCUCUUUCUCUCCCUCUCUCUCUCAAACCCUAACACACUUCCCCAAUAAUUUUCCCCCAAUUCUCAUCAACUCUUUCCAGAUCUCUACGAUUUCAGAUGGGAGGUGUUGCCGUUCUUCACCCUAGAGAUUGUCUCAACGAUAAUCGUGAUAAUUUAUUCCUUUCGCCGGUCAAAUCCCGACGAAACCCUAAAUCCACCCCUAAUUUAUCCACUUCUAACCCUAAUUUAACCAGAUCUGACGCCCGGAAACGUAGUCCUCCCACCGGCCUACGAAAGCACAAAUCUCCGGCGACGAUGGUCACAGAUCCGCCGGCCACGGCAGCAGGAAAGGCGCUUGUUAUGGGACAGGUGAAGAUAUUGAAACGCGGUGAACCGUUGGAUGAUUUAUCCACGGUUUUGAAAGAUUUGACCGAUCGGAGCGUUACAAACGAGACGGCGACCACGGCGGAGACACGGUUGCCGGAGAAAGAGGUGGCUAGUGAUCGGAAGGUGAAGAGAGUUACGCCGGUGAAGAAGAAAUCGGAGGGAAGAAGUUUCUCAAACCCUAAAAUGGACGAUUUUGCCCUUUCGUCAACGGAGCGGUUAGGACCCGACCCGGAGAUGGUACCGAAACAGAUGAAAGGCGAGUUUUUCUUUGCAGGGUCUGCUUUUGUUGAUUCACCACCACCGAGUUCUCUUCCGUUACCUGGUUUUUUUACCAAGAAUUUUGGCGUCAAGGAAGAUCCCACCACCGAUUUGAGACGGAUGCUCGGUUUAACUCUUUCAUAGUUUAAAUUAUUAAUAUUUUCAGUUCUAGAAGUUUGAUUGAUCAAUGGUGAAGAAGAAGAAGAUGUUUGCUUGCUUUGAAUUCGUUAUAUCAUCCCUGAUUUUUUAAAUGGGAGAUAUCGAAUUUGUAAGCAAGAUUGUCUGGUUUUCAAUUAGAUGUAAUGUUUUAGUAGGUUAAUUAUGAUGAAGUAAGAAGGGUUAGGAGCUGUGAGAUGUAAUCCAGUUAGUGUUUGUGUGUGUGUUUUUAUGUUAUGUAUCUAAUCUAAAGCGUAUUAAUAUAGUUUUUGUUUUAUGUAA